GCGUUUGGGUUUUACCGUCCAACUACAAUACAAACAUCUGAUGAUACAGACUAACAAUUUUUUCAUUAUUUUUAUCCUUUCCACUCAAAAUGAACAAAGGGUGGCUUGAACUUGAAAGCGAUCCAGGAUUGUUCACUUUGCUUUUACAAGACUUUGGGGUCAAGGGAGUACAAGUUGAGGAAAUAUAUGAUCUUCAAAAAGCUUUUGAAGGGACAACAUAUGGGUUCAUUUUUCUUUUUCGUUGGAUUGAAGAGAGACGAUCCAGGAGGAAAACAAUAACAGAGGAUGAAAGUUUUGUCACAGAUGACAACAUUGUGAACAGUAUUUUCUUUGCUCAACAGAUGAUUCCAAAUUCUUGUGCUACGCAUGCAUUACUUAGUGUCUUAUUGAACUGUGAAAAAGUGAAUCUCGGACAAACGCUGUCAGAACUUAAAUCAUACAGCAAACAUAUGAACCCAGAGAAUAAAGGUUAUGCAAUAGGUAACAUACCAGAGUUAGCACGGGCUCAUAACAGUCAUGCAAGACGUGAGAAUUCUCAUUUGCCAGAGAAGCAGCAAGGUAUGACCAUCAGGACUAUGGAAGCUUUUCAUUUUGUUAGUUAUGUACCGAUUCAUGGACACUUGUUUGAACUAGAUGGUCUCAAACCAUAUCCCAUAGAUCAUGGUCCGUGGGAGAGUAAUGAAGACUGGACUGAAAAAUUUCGCCGUGUCAUCUCUGAAAGACUUGGAAUGGCAACAGGAGGAGAGCCAUAUCAUGAUAUAAGAUUUAAUUUAAUGGCUGUGGUACCAGACAAAGUGAGCCUGUAUGAACACAAGUUGAGCACAUUAAAGACCAACAGACAGAUUGUCCUGGAAGCCCUUCAACAGCUUUUAGGAAGCCCGCCCAAGAUGGUUAAAGUCACCAAUCCCAACAUUACCACAGCUGAGAAGGAGAAAUGUCUGGCUGUUGUUAAAAAACAUGGGCCUGUCAAUGUUAACAUAGCUGUUCCUAUGGAGAUAGAUGAACCUGACCUGACAAAAAGGGAUUUAGAGAGUGGCAGCAGGGAGAUGACAACAGCAGUGAAAUCAGAGGUCAUUGACCUCACAGAUGACGACCUUAGAACUACAACAACAACAACAACGGAGGAAGUGAUCAAAACUGGUUUAAUCAAUGAUAUUAGUCGAGUUAAACUUGAGUCGGAAAUAAAAACAGAAUUGACUUUAAAAAGUGAUGUAGGAAAUAAAAACGUGACAAAUUGUGCACGUGGGGAUGUACAAACGUCGGUGAACGAAGGAAUGGAAGUUCAGAUCUCAGUAGCAUCAGAUGCCGACGGUGUGUCGACUAUAGUUCCGACAACAGCAGCGACUACAGACGUCACAAAACCUCUUACUAUAGAAACAAAAUUUUCUGCCUCGCCCGGUCCCAGCAGUGAAAGUACUGAUACAGCUUCAGAGGUGGGGAGCUGCUUUAGUUCACCUAGUAGUAGCACUAUGAGUACGUCUGCACAAAACAGUCCUAAUGUAGCUGGUGGGGAAAGAAUAACUGAUGGAGGAAAAGAAGCAGAGAGUUCAUCACCUGUAAAGUCAAAAACAAAGUUUAACAGUCAACAAGGUUUCAGGCCUAAGGAUUUGAUAGCCCUGUUGAAAAAUGUUGAAAAUGAGAUCAAAUUAUGCGAGACCAAACUACAAGAUGAAGAAGAAAAGAUAAAAAAGUACAAGAUUGACAACUGCCGCCGCACGCACAACUACGAUCAGUUCCUGUGUACGUUCCUUUCAAUGUUAGCAGAACAAGGUCACCUUGCGGAACUUGUGCAACAACAUAGUUUUAUAAAGAAACGAGUUCCCGGACAUAUCGGUAGUAAAUUGUCCAAGCUGUCUCAGGCUGCAAAGAAAAAACAAACAAAAGCAAAGAGAAGGAGAUAGUAGUUGUGUUGUUUCCAGGUGUGAUUUAUACUGUCAAACCUUUGUAGAGCAACACUCUUUCGGAGACAAAGAUUUUGGUUGCUGAAUAGAGGUGUUGAUUUAGAGAGGUUAAAGUUAUAGUCAAGUCUUACCUCCAGGAAAAAUUAUGUGGUUGUUUUAUACAAGGUGAUUGCUGUACAGAGGGUCACUGCAGAGAUACACUGUAUCUUGAAGGGGAAGUGGUGACAUUGUGUUCAAAAAUAUGAUGCUUACGUAAUCACAUGGACAGUUUAAAAAUGUCACAUUUUAAAAGUAAUGGCACUAUCUCAGAGUGUCAGGUUAAUAUAAUUGCACUGUGUCAACAUUAAAUGGUGACUGUUUCUAAAAAGCACAUUGAAUAGUGGCAACUGUCUUCACAUGUAUACGACACAUUAAAGCAAGAAGUGCUUUUGUUUGUCACAUCUAGACAGAGGCAUUAUCUUUAUAAUUAUGUCAUUAUAAGCUAGCGACAUUGAUUUUACAUGUCACAUUUGAGAUGAUUGCAUUGUUUAUAAGUAUCACAUUACUGGUUGGGGACCAGACGCCCAGGAUAUGUCUCAUUUAGUUUUUUUCUUUGUUCAGUGAUUAUUAAUCAAUCAGUCGCUUUAAGAGUAAUGACAUUUGUCGUAAUAUGUUACAUUUAAGUUGUGAUCUUGUCUAUUUAUGCCACAGUGAAGUGGUAACAUUGUAUAUUUCAUGAAAAAGCGAUGGCAUUGUCUAUACAUGCUGGUGCUAUUAGGCAUCACAAAAUUGUCGACUUUUUUUCUCAGCUUAAAAAACAUGCCCAUGAUAUGUCCAAACAUCCAUUCAUAAACUGAUUGGCUAGUUUAAAUGAAACUUUCCAGAAAUGAUCAUUGUAUGAAUUAAAUAAAAUAAUAAUUCCGGUCUGCUUGGUGAAUUUCAUGAAUCUGAAUAGCAGCAAUACAUUAGUAAAAGAUGUACUGAAAUUGUUUAUCACUAUUGAACAAAAAGGGUAACAGAGCUAAAAUUACCUAUAUAGUCUUGACCGUGGUGUGGAAUUGUUGAAAUGUUUUUUAAUGACCCUUGGCUGGUAUUAUUUAAAAAUGCUUAGUAACACUCUACAAAAGCAUACAAUAGAAGCCGAAAUAAAUGAUUUACAAUGAUUUCUUUGUACAUCAAGGUGAUUUUCUGUACAUCAAGGUGAUUUACAAUGAUUUUUCUGUACAUCAAGGUGGUUCUCUGUACAUCUAGGUGGUUUUCUGUACUUCUAGGUGGUUAUCUGUACAUCAAGGUGAUUUUCUGUACAUCAAGGUGUUUACAAUGAUUUUUCUGUACAUCAAGGUGGUUCUCUGUACAUCUAGGUGGUUUUCUGUACAUCAAGGUGUUUUACAAUGAUUUCUCUGAACAUCUAGGUGUUUCUCUGUACAUCUAGGUGGUUUUCUGUACAUCAAGGUGUUUACAAUGAUUUCUCUUUACAUCAAGGUGGUUGUCUGUACAUCUAGGUGGUUUUCUGUACAUCAAGGUGUUUACAAUGAUUUCUCUUUACAUCAAGGUGGUUCUCUGUACAUCUAGGUGGUUUUCUGUACAUCUAGGUGGUUAUCUGUACAUCAAGGUGGUUUUCUGUACAUCUAGGUGGUUAUCUGUACAUCAAGGUGAUUUUCUGUACAUCAAGGUGUUUACAAUGAUUUCUCUGUACAUCAAGGUGGUUCUCUGUACAUCUAGGUGGUUUUCUGUACAUCAAGGUGUUUACAAUGAUUUCUCUUUACAUCUAGGUGGUUCUCUGUACAUCUAGGUGGUUAUCUGUACCUCUAGGUUGUUCUCUUUACAUCAAGGUGUUUUACAAUGAUUUCUCUGAACAUCAAGGUGGUUGUCUGUACAUCUAGGUGGUUAUCUGUACAUCAAGGUGUUUUACAAUGAUUUCUCUGAACAUCAAGGUGGUUCUCUGUACAUCAAGGUGUUUUACCUUGAUUUCUCUGUUCAU